AUGGCUAUGAAAACUUUGUAUCUCAAAGAACAUGAAGGAAUUGUCCAUAAUCCAAUUGGGCAGUUGUCAACAGUGCCAUGGUGGACUGCAUUUGGGUCUCAAGCUGUUAGUGGUGAAUCGUGUGGCCUAUUGAAGGCUCAACCAAUAGAACAGCCUGCCAGUGGAGGUGAAACUGCUACUAAGUAUGCCAGGAUGAGUGCUGAGCAAGGUCUGGAUCAAGGGAAUAGUACUCAAUUCACUAUAUUUCCAGGUGACUGCAAAACUUCAGGUGAUGUACAGAAACCUCUUCAGGCAACCAUUUCAUUGCAAACAGCUCUGCCAGACUACCGUGCUCAUUUUGACCUGGGAUUUGGUCAGCCUGUGGGCCGAAUUAUGCUGCCAAUGAGCAUGACCACAGAUGAUGGACCUAUAUAUGUAAAUGCUAAGCAGUACCAUGGAAUCAUCAGGCGUAGGAAGUCCCGUGCAAAAGCUGUAAUGGAGAACAAGUUGGCCAGAAAUCGUAAGCCCUAUAUGCACCAUUCACGCCAUCUCCACGCAAUGCGCCGACCAAGGGGAUGUGGCGGCCGUUUCUUGAAUACAAAAGAGUUGAAUGAUGGAAAAGACAUCAUGGAGGCAAAGAAAGCUGGUGAUUUUCAACUUUUUCAGCCAACUGGCUCUCAGAAUUCUGAAGUCCUGGAAUCAGGUGGUGCAACUUUGAACUCCUCAAUGGAAGCAAAUGGUGGUGGAUCAAAUCUCUCAGGAUCAGAGGUGACUAGCAUGUACAAUAGGGGAGAUUUCGAUCGCUUUCCAAUCAAUCAUCUCGGGCCAUCUGUCCGUAGUUUCUCAGGCAUGGACAGAGGGCAUGGCAUUGCUAUGCCAAGUAAGUGGAUUGCAGCAGCUGACAACUGCUGCAACCUAAAAUAG